AGAAGAAAAGAUAUCCAGCAGAAUAACAAGAAAAAUUAUGACUGAAGGGACCAUAUUCUGCAAAAAUUGCAAAAGAGAUGUAUCUGCUGCCAAUUUCUGCCUCCAUGAGGCCCACUGCUUGCGGUUUCUCACUCUCUGUUCAGAAUGUGAUGAACCAGUUGCCAGAAAGAAUAUGAAAGACCAUCAAACAGAAGCACACAAGCAGGUCAGAUGUAAUUUUUGUUGCCAAAUUAUUCAGCAAUACCAGCUGGAGCAUCACAAGACCAAGGAAUGUCACAAACGAACAAUGAAAUGCAAAAUCUGUGAGUUGGAAAUGCCUUUCAACAAGCUGCAGGAACACCUGAACACCUGUGCCAGCAGAACAGAGCGGUGUUGGGAGUGUAACAAAUAUGUUAUGUACAAAGACCAGAACAAACACAAAGAUACUUGUCAGAACAGUGGUCUGUCCUAUUACAAGGAUGUGAACUUUCAAACCAAGGGAGCAUAUACUAAUGCAAAAUUUAUUGAGCCCACUGAUGCCAGUGACAAUAUUGGUCUGAGGUGUAAGAAGUCAUUCCCAGACGACCAGCACUCCCAACAUCUGAAUAAUUGCAGUGCAAUCCAUAAUCUGACUGAAGUUCUUGCUGGCCAGUCAACUUCAAAACUCGUCAGUGACUCACCAUCGUCUUCUUCCUCUCCGGCUCCCUUUUCCUGCUCUAUGAGUGCAACUGCACGGAAAGACGUCUCUCCCAAAGGGAAAAAAAGGGAGCAUCCAUUGACCUCCAAAACCUUGCUCAAACCUCCAAAGAACAAAAAGAUGGUUGGUAUUCACUCUUCCACAAAAAGCAAACUUUCCACAUCACCUCAAGUUCUUAAAGACACUCAGUCUUACGACAUGCUGGUAACCUGUGCCCAUUGCAACACUCCUCUGCCACUUCCAGCCCUUCAGAAACAUGAGGUGAGAAGUGAUGCACUGAACUCAACCUACUACAUGCUUGAACAAAGAGCUGUACCCACAGAGUUGCUACUUAUCCCCAGACUACCUGGGGUCUCAUUGCCUGUUUGGGAUUCCAUAGCUACUUGUACAUAGGUACUCCCACUCUGUAAACUGCAAAUUCCAUUUGCUAUUUAGGUGACAAGAUCUGGUGUC